CACACUUGUAUUAAUGAGUGGCUUUGGAUGUUGUCAGUGGCUGUGCGCGGUGCACAGUUGAGAGCUGGUGCUCGAUGGUAAUGUACAUUUCUAGCCACUCAAAUGUAUUCUGGAAGAUUUUCUUUACCAAUAUUCUGCUGAAAGACUUCUGCACUGUGGUUAAAGCUUCCAGAUUGUUGGCAAGUCUCCAGAGGAGAGAAUGAGUAGCCCCGCACAGGGGGGGGGGGGGCGUCAUGAACAUUUUUAACCCAAAGACGUAAUCCAUUAAAGGUUGAUGAAAAUGAAAGAUGAGCCUGAGAAUUUGAGAGGCCCCCGACUGAGCAUUCAGGGGCUGAGAGUGUGUAUCUGCCGUUUAAUUAUUGGCCUGACUUGCAUGAAGUCAGUUUUCACUUAAGACUGGCAAAUUGCCUUCCUGAUCACAACAUCCAGACAAGGAGAGCUCAGAGAGUUGGAAAACGGGCUCCACUUCAGGCAAAAUAAAAAUCUGGUAGUCCAGGUGAUUCCGAGGAAUGAGAGAGAGAAGAGAGAGAGAGAGAGAGAGAAGAGAGAGAGAGAAGAGAGAGAGAGGUCUGCGGGUGAAGAUGGCGAGUUGGCUGUCAGACUUCGGCACAUGCACCCACGCCAUCGUGCGCGGCAUUCCCGACUCCCUGGUCAAGCGGGCGCUCAGGCGGUCCCGGCCGGAGCCGGAGCCGGAGUCGGACCCGGAGCUGGAGGUGGACCUGGCCAAAGCCCACCGGCAGCACGAGAUGUACGUGGGGGUCCUGCGCCAGAGGCUGGGUCUGCAGGUGGUGCAGCUGCCGGCGGAGGAGACGCUGCCGGACUGCGUGUUCGUGGAGGACACCGCGGUGGUCUGCGGCGACACGGCUCUGCUCACCCGCCCCGGAGCGCCCAGUCGGCGCAAAGAGGUUGAAGCUAUGAAGGUGGCCCUGGCAGAACUUAACCUUCAUACUGUAGAAAUGACCGACGAGACAGCUACUCUCGAUGGUGGUGAUAUUCUGUUCACAGGUAGAGAGUUCUUUGUGGGGCUUUCAAAGCGAACUAAUCAACGUGGAGCAGAAAUUCUCGCUGACACUUUUAAGGACUACGCUGUCUCUACUGUGCCAGUCACAGGAUCUCUGCACUUGAAGAGUUUCUGCAGUAUGGCUGGCCCAGAGCUGAUUGUAAUUGGCUCCAGUGAAGAUGCACAGAAAACUCUUAAGUUCAUGCAGCAGAUGAGUGAACAUCGUUACGACAAGCUCACAGUACCAGAUGACACAGCAGCAAAUUGCGUUUAUCUGAACAUCCCAAAUAAGGGCCAUGUUUUACUACAUCGGUCUCCUGAGGAAUUCCCAGAAAGUGCAAAGGUGUUUGAAAAACUGAAGGAACACAUGUUGAUUCCGGUUACCUGCUCUGAACUGUCCAAAGUCGAUGGGGCUCUCACCUGCUGUUCAGUUCUUCUUAACAAAAAGCUCGAAAUGUAAAUUCAAUUUUUAUUAUUUUUUAAAAAUUACCCUGACUGCUAAUAAUAUAACUAUUAUUACAUAGCUGAGCCUGAAGAGUUCUCCUCUAUCUUUUUAUGUUGGUUGUGGAUCCUAACCUUCACUGUGCAAUGAAUCCUGGUUUCCUAUUGGUGAUAUCAGGUGGUCCUCUAUUGCCACCUUGUGAUUGUAAUUGUGUAUAAACUUGUAUUUUGUGAGCUGGAGUAGAGAUAGAAUCAAGAUGAGUACAGGGUUUAAAUGUUGAAAGGAUAAAUUUUAAUUAGAUGGUCUGGAUGUUUAAAGCUAUUUAACUUAUUAUUGAUGAAAAUUGUUUUAAUUCCUCUUAAUUCAAUAGCAAAACUCUUUGGCUCCUCCUUCCCUAAGCAAAAUUUUAGUUAACGUAUGGUUGCAUUAAUGUAAUAAUACAGUACACAAUCACUUGCAUGCUUAAGCUAUUUUUCUUCGUUCAUUCCAUAAAUUUUGAUAAUAUUAAAACUAUGUAAACUUGCAAAUUAGUAUUGGAGACCUAGUUACAUUUGGAUUAGAUUUUUCUCAGGAUAAAUGUUCUGUUUCGUAACUAUAGCUUCCCACACCCCAUCACUCCCAAUGUUUGUGCCAAAGACAUCAGUGCAUUCAAUUUGAUUAUAAGAGUUUCCAUAGACACAGUCAACAUUUACUUUAUAACACAAAUCUGAAAGCUUAAUGUGGUUUUCGCUGAUAACAUCUGCUUCAUAAAUUAAAUAAAAGUCAUUACCAAUGCUG